CUUUUCUAUAAAGCUGCUGAAGCACAAGGGGCCACCAGAUGCUGUCAAAGUUGGAUUAUAUGUAUAGAGUAACAUGAAAAGUCACUCCUCUCUGUUUAACAUCUAAGCUUACUAUCAACAAGACAUCGCCGGUUCCCUUGCCAAUAAUUUAGAAAAGUAUAAAUUAAAUCUAUAUAACACUUGUUUCUUUCAAUAAGAAGAUAAAAUAAUGAAUUUUUAGAUUGUUUCAUUAGGUAUAUUUAGUACAUACCAACUUAUCGCUCAAUUUAAACUUAUUUAAAUUCCAAAUACAUUAGAGAGAUCAUUGUAAAUAGUGUUAAGUAAUACAAAAAAGUCUCACUGAAUUUGAAACUGCUUAACAUAAAAAAAAAAAGUGUUUUCUUUUGCAAUAAAAUAUUCUAUUAGUUAUAAACAUUUGAAGAUAAAUCUGAUAAUAAACAUCUGAGUCAUGAAAAUCAGAUCAACAUUGAGUCAGCAGCAUUCCUUCAAAUUAAAAAAAACACAUCAACUCUGUUAUUAUAACUAAAUGAUUACAAAAAUUCUAGUCUGGUGAACAGAACCUUUUUAUCACAUUAUUAACAUCAAUCUAAAACUUUUUGAAAGGCUUCAUAUUUUCAUGACCUACAACUUUUGUAUUAUAUGUUCUCAAUCAGAUUAGUAAACAUAGUCUAUUUAAUUAUAGUAAAAACUCAUGAACACCCAUUUGUUUUCCACUAGAAUCACAAAUAAUUUGAUCACAGAAUCAAGAAAAAAAAGGUAGCCUACAAAAAUAUUGAGGUGUUUGUGUUAUAAAACCUAGUUAUUUUGCUGAUAUCCACCCCAACUAAUCAAAAUACGUUAUUUAGAUCAGAUGGCACAAAUUUUUGUAGGCCACAUUUUCAGAAUCUCAUCAAAUUAUUUCAUGAUCCAGAUAGAAAGUAAAUGGGUAUUCAUGGGUUUACUGAUUGAUUAGUGCCUCAUUAAAUUAAUUUAAUAAACAACCAAACCAUUUCUGAUAUUUUUUAAAACAAAAAAGCGAUUGGUUAGGAUAAGAUUAAAGUCAUUCAGGAAAUAUUAGAUGGAUGUUACGAAUUUUAUAAAAAGGGAUCUAAACUGCAAACUAUUCUUUUGUAUAUAAAAAUUACAAAUUAUCAACUAAAGGAAGACAACUUUGUUAAAGGACUAGGAAAUAAUAACAAAAUAUUAUAGAUGAAAAGUUUAUUAAACUUACAUUUUCCCAAAAAAAUACUACAAAACUAUGACAUUCAGUCAACUCGAAUUGGUGAGGUAACUUUGGUAAUAAUCUGAGAAAUACUUUCUCAAUAACUAAUACAAUAAUAAAGUGAAAUAUUUAUUAAACAACAAAAUUGGAAAUAACAUUCUUAGAACUAGGGAAAGAAAACUGAAAACAUUAAUAAUGAAUACAACUGACCACAGCCAGGAAUUUAAGACAUAUCAAAGUAAAUAAUCUUCAAAAUGGCUAUCAUGAUGCUAAGGCUAAAAGUUCUAGAAAGUUUGACAAACUAUUACUACUAAAGAAGAAUGGAAAAAACAAAAACAAAAAUUCAUCCUUUUUUUUGUUAAGAUGAAUUGAGUUGCUUGUCGAGCAUGUAAAUUCCAAGUCCUUCCUUGACACGACGAACAUUAGUGAGCAGAUCUCCAAGAGAUUUAAUUGAGUCAACUUGUUCUUGCAAGAAUUCAUUUUCGAUAAAAUCACAGAGGUUAGCAUCUCCAUGAGAUGAUGCAACACCAUGAAGAUUCAACAAGCUCUAUAAAAUAGAAUUAUUAUUUUAUUAAUUAGUUUAAUAUGGUUUGUCAUCACGGAAAAAAUAUUACAAUUAAAAAACAAGCAUAUUGAUGAAAAUAUAUACUAAAUAUGAAAUAAUAAUUCCUCGGUUUUAGGGACAAUUAAAGUGAGGAGUUACUCUUGGAAUAUUAAAGAUCUCAAUUACAUAAUUCUUGACUAAGCAAUGAUUCUUAAAAUUUGUAUUCAAACCAGACAAAUAUCCACACCAUAAAUUCAUCAUUAUCUAGUUUCACACCUGAUCCUCUCUGAACAAUUUAAAGGAGCACCAGGAAUUCUACCAUGAUGUGAAAAUAAAAAUAUUUAUGUUUGAAUUAUUUAGAAGCAUUAUAAAAUUCUAAAGAACCUAAAUAGCCAUUAAUUAAUAAACAGGAGUUUAUAAUUAUCAUUGCUUAAAGGUCAUGAUGCCUAAGCAAAGGAAGAGCCCUAAAACAGCAUCAGCUAAUUCAGGAGAUUCAAUGUAUCGGACAAAUAAAGGAUGAUAUAUAAAUGCAUAUGUAAUUAUCUUGACAGCUAUAAAUUCAAACUAAGCCAGUUAAAUAAAAUAACAAAUUCAAAAGACUACUGACAUUAAAAAAAUCAAUAAAAUUUAGUUAUUUUUUUUCUAAUCUCGGUACCCAAGUCAUUAUUUUAAUUUUUAUUAUCUGAGAGGAUUGCACUGCUAAUUAUUAAAUAAAUAAUUAUAAUUAACAUAAUGCCAUAUGGAAUUUCAAUAAAUAAAGAUCAAAUUUGAAAAAUAAUCACAAAAAAAGAAAAAUAUGAGUACAAAAUGCAUUCAGUAAUUUCUUUGUAAAAUCAAUUUCAAAUGAUAUAAAAUUAUAAUGUAAUUAUUAAUAAGAAUUAUUCAACCAAUGUAUUAAUAGAGAUAUUCUGAAUAUGUUAAAAUUCCUUUCUCCUUCUUUGAUUGUAAACCUCGUACCAAACUCUAAUUACACUUUUUAAUUUCAAAAUUACUUUUUAAAAAUUAAACAUCUUCAAGAUGCUGAGUAUUUCAUAUUACUUAGUUAAUCUAAUAUUAGAAAGUCAGAAUUAAAUAGAUCAAUAAUGUCAACAAAUAAUAAACAGACAUAUAAAUAGAAAGAAUUUACUGUGUUGUCCAUCAUGACAAAUAAAAUAAACUGAUCACCGGUAAAUAGUUUACUAUUUGAUCACUUCAAUAAUUCAUCAUUUUUUAAAUAUUAUUAACAUAUUUACCAUAUUAACAUCUUUCUCAAGCUGAAGAGAUGCUUCGACAGCUUUCUCAGCAGAUCCCCAGUCAUUUGUACUUGGAGCAGCAAUUGGAGAAAAGAUAACUCUUCCUCCUCUUUUGUUUAAAUAAGUCAUCAACUUCAUUGCAUGUUCUCUUUCUUCCUCAGAAGCAUGCUUGAAAUAUUUUGUGAAACCUUCUAAAGCUACAUCAUCUCUAUCAAAAUAAUAAGCCUGUAAGAAGAUCAAAACAUUGUUAAUAAUAGAUCUAGAAACUGUAUUGUGAGUAAUGUCAAAAUUGCGCAUUUAUUUACGUACCAUAGACAUGUAAGCAUAGCUGGCAAAUAGUUCCAUAUUUAUUUGUUUGUUGAUAGCCUCUUCAGAGUCAGCAUGGAAAUUUUGGCGUACUUGAUUGGAUGCCAUUGUAGAUGUGUUAAUAAUUGUAGAUCACACUGGAUACUGACAAUUAUUCGAGAAAGCGUAAGGACUGAUAUACCUUACCAAUUGGUGACGGGUUCUGAUGACAAUCCUUGUGCAACAAUAUAUAUAGUUCCACUAGUGACCUUGUUUAGAAGAUAUGGAGUAGUGGUGGGGAGGAGAGGGAAUUUCAAACUCUUUCUAACUUUAAUCUCAAGAAACGUUAUCUUUCCUUGAAUUGAACCCGUUAGAAGUAAUAUUAAUCGUUUCUUAUAUUUUUUACAGAAUUUGUACUAUGUUUUACAAUUAAUAUAAAUUCAUUUUUUAAGUUUAUUAAUGGUUUGAAUUUGGGAUUUAAAAAAGAAGAGGCACUGCUAUCUGGCGAUUUUCGUCUGCAAUUCAAAGGGCCCCCAUGGGUUCAAGUUUUGAAAUCCGAAUAUUUUGACAAUGCCAAUUAUAGGCUUAAACAAAUGUAUAUUUAUAUUUUUCGACAUUUUUUAUGUCUCUCAAGCAAUUACACACUGGGUCGUUACCGAAGAAGGCCGGAUUCAAGCACAAUUAGACUCAGUGUUUCGACUCAAGCGACCAUAUGAUUUAGUCGCAUUUUUAAAACAAGAAGAAUUGGUAAAAAAUGUUUCCAAAUACCUGGAUGAGAUGAUUCAACGCAAAAUUGACAUGGAUCAAAAGUGGUCCCGAAUCAGUUCUGCUCCAGAAGUGGAACAUGAAUUAAUGUCAACUGAUACAGAUUGCAUUAAAGCUAAAAAUUCUGCUGAUGACGUAGAUCUUUACAUGAAUGUAUUUGAUCACGCUUCAGAUAAAAUAAUCUACAAGCGGCAAUUACCUGAUGAUAAAAACAUUAAAGGAAAUAUCCACUUGGACUGUAAAAAAAUUUCUCGAUUAGAUUUCAGUAUGGCUACAUUUCCUCACUUGCAGGUCUUGACUCAACCGUGGAACUUGACCUGGCCAAAAGAGCCUGAAAUUAGACUUCCCUUGACUUCUAACCAAAUCGCUUAUGGUCUUUCAAAAAAUAAAACUUCCUGGUAUUUAUAUAAUUUAGCAUCUUUACAUUGGCGGAGUAGAGGAGAGAGUCAAAAGGCCAUUGACUGCAUCAAAAGGGCAAUUCAUUAUGCUCCCAGAGAAUAUAAAGAUACACCAUUAUUAAAUUUGGGUGUAAUGUUACAUCGUGCUCAGUGUACCGCAGAAGCUGCAAUUCUACUUCAUAGUGCAAUAGAUCAUGCGCCUCAUAAACCAUUUGGUCACUUUGUAUUAGCAAAUGUUUAUGCUUUGCUUGGUGAUUAUAACAGGUCUAUUGCCUGCUAUGAUAAUGCAUUAGGAUUAGACCAUAACUGGAAUUUAGUCAGAACUAUGAGGCACAAUAUCCUUUGCCACAGCAAGUUAAAACAGAGACUUCAACAAUUACAAAAUGCUAUACAAGACAUUGUGGAACAGUUGAAGGAAUAUCAAUUUCUUCAAGAAAAGUGGUUAAAGAGUCACGAAGAAAUGAUUCGUCAGCAGGCUCCGAUGAAUCGAUCGUUUUCCGUUAUGUUAACGUCAGCUGCAGAAAAGCAGCUUCAAGAAACAUGUUCUAUUAAAAUUGGCAAAGAAAAUCAAAUUUUAUCAUGUGAUUUAGCUCCUGAUUUUAAAUUAGAUGAACAGAAAAUUGAUACUGAUAUCUUAUCUCUUCAGACAUUACUAUCAAAAGUUGAAGCACAGGCUAAGAAGAUAAGCCAACAAAUAAAGAGACCUUAUUAUGCUAAAGGACGUCCUACCAUUGAUAUUCGUAUCCAACAAAUUGAUGAGACUGAAAAAAUUCAACAAGUGGCUGUGAAUAACAAUUUAUAAUAAUAAGUCAAUUUUAUAUAUUUUUCUUUAUGAUACCCAAGUUCAAUUUUUAAUAAAUUACUUUAUUUAUUUUCUAAAUAAAUGACUUAUUUUUAAUCCUCAAGACACUGAUUCUGCUCUCCAACUGGGUGCCAUUGACCAUCAUCCAUUAUUGCUUAUGUAUUUCACUGAAACUAUUCACCGUUGCAAAUUACUCCUCUCGCAUUGCUAAUUUGUUGCUUUGUAUAGUACCUUUAAAAAUUUUCAAAAUGGUUUUUAUUACUUAUUAUGGUUGUCAGGCUCUUCUGUUAUAAAAGGAAGAGAAAGAUAAGGAAAUAAUAUUUU